GCAACGGUGGGACCAAGGCGGUCAGUGGAGCUCCAAAUCUUAGGAAUAACAAAAGGACAAGUACCUCCGUUUACGAUGUCUGAGUGCUCCUGGGGUCGCAGGCUACGUUUCUGUCCGAAUUCUGGACAGACACACCCUCCUACCUAAAGUGUUCCUGAAAGUAUGGAGCUCGCAGGGACAGAGUGGCAUUCCAGUAUGUCGCAGACCACUCCUCCCAAACCUGGAACCGAGCUGGUAAACAAGGGUUGCUGAAAUUAAGGGUAGAUGGCAGCAAGUACGUACGGAUCGGAUCCCCUUGGCCCAGACUGAAGGGUCGGCCACCAUGCUGCUGAGGCUGCGCAGGACUGUGGUCGUGGGACUUCCACAGGCCAUCAGAGUCAAGCCAACCCCCUCAAGGCUCUGCAUCCCAGCGUACUCCACAAAUGAUUCGUUUAAACCCCAGCACCCCAGCCUCACCUUUUCUGACGAGAAGUCAAGGACUCGGGGAUGGAGAGUCAUGGGGACCCUGCUAGGCCUUGGUGCAGUGCUGGCCUAUCAUGACCAUCGUUGCAGGGCUGCUCAGGAGUCACCACGGAUAUACACCAAAGAGGACGUGAGGGCCCACAAUAGCCCUGAAACUGGAGUCUGGGUAACUCUAGGCUCUGAGGUCUUUGAUGUCACCAAAUUUGUGGAGCUACAUCCAGGGGGACCAUCAAAACUGAUACUAGCAGCUGGAGGCCCCCUAGAGCCCUUCUGGGCCCUCUAUGCUGUUCACAACCAGCCUCAUGUACGUGAGUUACUGGCUGAGUAUAAGAUCGGGGAACUGAACCCUGAAGAUGACGCGUCUCCCACCUUGGAGGCCUCUGACCCUUACGCUGAUGACCCCGUCCGUCACCCAGCUCUGAAGAUCAACAGCCAGCAUCCCUUUAAUGCAGAGCCUCCUCCUGAGCUGCUAACAGAGAGCUACAUCACACCAAACCCCCUUUUCUUCACUCGGAACCAUCUGCCUGUACCUAACCUGGACCCAGAAACCUACCGCUUGCAUGUAGUAGGGGCACCCGGAGGUCAGUCGCUGUCCCUGUCCUUGGACGAUUUGUCUACGUUUCCCAAACAUGAGGUCACUGUCACUCUGCAGUGUGCUGGCAACCGGCGCUCUGAGAUGAGUGAGGUCAAGGGGGUGAAAGGCCUGGAGUGGCGGACGGGAGCCAUCAGCACCGCACGCUGGGCUGGGGCUCGACUCUGUGACGUGUUAGCCCGGGCUGGUCACCGCCUCGGGGAAACUGAGGCCCACGUCUGUUUUGAGGGGCUGGACUCAGACCCCACUGGGACUGCCUACGGGGCAUCCAUCCCUCUGGCCCGGGCCAUGGAUCCUGAAGCUGAGGUCCUCCUGGCAUAUGAAAUGAACGGUCAGCCUCUGCCUCGUGACCAUGGUUUCCCUGUGCGGGUGGUGGUCCCUGGUGUGGUGGGUGCCCGCCACGUCAAAUGGCUGGGCAGAGUGAGUGUGGAGUCUGAGGAAAGUCACAGUCACUGGCAGAGGCGGGACUACAAAGGCUUCUCUCCGUCUGUGGACUGGGACACGGUAGACUUCGAUCUAGCUCCGUCCAUUCAGGAACUACCUAUCCAGUCAGCUGUCACAGAACCCUGUGAGGGGGCAACUGUAGCGGCAGGGGAGGUGACUAUCAAGGGCUAUGCAUGGAGCGGUGGUGGCAGGGCUGUGAUUCGAGUGGAUGUGUCUAUAGAUGGUGGACGAACCUGGCUGGAGGCUGAGCUGGAGGGGGAGGAGCAACGUCCCAGGAAGGCCUGGGCGUGGCGGCUAUGGCAGCUGAAAGCUCAGGUGCCCGCCGAGCUAAGGGAACUGAACAUCAUUUGCAAAGCUGUAGACGACAGUUACAAUGUGCAGCCUGACACCGUGGCCCCCAUCUGGAACCUGCGAGGCGUCCUCAGCAACGCCUGGCACCGUGUCCAUGUCCACGUCGUCCCAUGAACGCGUGGGAGCGAGAACCACCCAAAUUCCUUUCUAGUCCAGGCUUAAUCCUCACUGCCCUGGAAAGACAUCUCCUCCUCUUCUUGGGUCAUAACCCUGUAUUCACUGUGUCUUCUUAAGCUGUACCCGGGCACACACACUGCACCCAGGAACCCACUCCCGGGGCCUCAGCCUACCACACACAGGCCUUAUUUUACACUGCUUAGAAACUUCAGCCGGACGUGCGUAGAAUGUGUAAGAACCAUUUUCUACUGCUUAUGGGAUGCGAGGGGUUUCCCUCUUAGAGCUCCACUUUUUAGAAAAGAUAUAUACCAAUAAAAGUGUCCGUUUCAGAGUGUGA